UUUGCAUAAAUGGACGUUUGCGUAGAAUCAAUGCGCCUCUUGCAAGAGUUUGAAAAACUGGUUGGCUCGUUGGCAUAGCAACCAGAAGGCAGGCAGAGCAAACCACAGACACACAGAGGGACAAGGUGCAGAGAUGUAUAAAGUGGACAUUCAGCCAGAUAUAAAAGAGGCAGCUGCCACUGAAGCCCGCAGGAACCGGGAGAAACAAAGACAGAGCCGCAGCUUUAAUGCUCGCUACCGCACAAUGAGGGUGGACGUGGAAGGUUUGAAGAGCCAGGUGGAAGAGCGAAAACUCAGAGAGAAUGCAGAGAAGCGACGGGAUGAAGCUUUUGCCAAGAGGGAGUGGUCCCUGGCUGUCUGAAAGAGGCGGCGGUGCGACCACUUCUGAAAAAACCUUCCUUGGACCCAGAAAACUUCAACAGCUACAGACCAGUGGCAAAUGUUCCAUUCCUGGGCAAGAUCUUGGAACGAGUGGUUGCUAGCCAGCUCCAGGCGCUAUUGGAUGAAACCGAUUAUCUAGAUCCAUUUCAAUCGAGUUUCAGGCCUGGUUUUGGCACUGAGACGGCCUUGGUCGCCCUGUUUGAUGACCUAUGUCGGG